GCCGAGUCGAGGAGCUGAUCGCAGCAACGCGGUCCGCUCCGGACAACUUGAGCCAGGAUAAACUAGCACGACUGCUUUAGAGCCGGUUGCAGCGGUUCUGAGCCGGCUGCAGCGAGCGGCUGUGCUCAAAAGCGUCGUGCACAUUAAUGCCGGCUCGCACCACGAACGCCGCGCUGCAGCAAAAACUCAACGAGUUGUCCGCCUUCGCAGCCAAAAACGAACGGAAGGCAUUUGUCGAGGCCUUCGUGCCCCUGGACUGCUCUCCCGAGGACCAGUCAAACUACCUGUCGGUUUUGACAGGAGACGACGCCGAGUGGGCCGCGCUCUCCUCUGAAAUUCAGGCCAUCGCCGCCGGCGCGACCGUCGAGAAGAUCGAGGGCGACCAGACUACAAAGGCGGUCUUCUUCUUCCCGCACCCUUUUCUCGAGCGGUGCGACCGGGAGGUGGUCUUCGUGUGCGUUGACGGCGAGUGGCGCGCGGAGGGCUAAUGGAUCCGCAAACGACUGGUGGCGAGCGGUCGUCACGGGAGCGACGCGACAGGAGCCGCAGCCGGGGAAGUAGCUCCAGGCGGCGCCGACGCGGCCGCAGCAGGAGUAGGAGCCGCAGUCACGACCGCAGGAGACGUCGCAGCCGCGACCGCAGCCGCAGCCGUCGUGAACGGCGUCGCGACGACGACGACUACCGGCGGCGCGAUCGCGACCGACGCCACGACGACGACACGCCGCGCCCGCGACGGGAAGACCGGCGCCCGCAGCGCCUCCGCCCCAACGCCAGCUCGUUUGGCGCGUUCCUCAAGGGAGUCGUCAGAGAGCGAGAACGUGCUGAUGACGAGCUCCGCCGCGCGGCCGACAAGCAGUUGGCCCGGAUCGAGUUCGGCGAG